GGAAGAUUUUGAUUUUUGACUUCGUUCUAUUUUGACAUUAAUAAAUCGUGGUGUAGUAAAUAUGGCUGACGAACUCAAUGUUGACAGUCUAAUUCACAGGCUUUUAGAAGUAUACAGGCUGCAACAGGAAACUGCACGACGAAAAGGGAAAUUCAAAGACAUCUUUUCAGGAGAAUUUCGAGGAUGCCGCCCUGGGAAGACUGUGCAAAUGUCCGAGUCGGAGGUGCGGGGACUAUGCACAAAGUCCCGGGAGAUAUUCCUACAACAACCAAUAUUACUCGAACUAGAGGCGCCACUCAAAAUUUGUGGUGAUAUACACGGCCAGUACACAGAUUUGUUGCGUCUAUUCGAAUAUGGCGGGUUUCCGCCAGAAGCCAAUUAUCUAUUUUUGGGCGAUUACGUGGAUCGCGGCAAGCAGUCUCUCGAAACCAUAUGCCUCUUGCUUGCUUACAAAAUCAAGUAUCCCGAAAAUUUCUUUUUGUUACGAGGCAACCACGAAUGCGCCAGCAUAAAUCGUAUCUAUGGAUUUUACGACGAAUGCAAACGUCGGUACAAUAUAAAGUUAUGGAAAACAUUCACUGACUGCUUCAACUGCCUCCCGAUCGCCGCAAUCAUUGACGAGAAGAUAUUCUGCUGCCACGGGGGACUGUCGCCCGACUUGCAGGGGAUGGAACAAAUCAGACGGAUAAUGCGACCCACUGAUGUGCCUGAUACAGGUUUACUUUGCGAUCUUCUGUGGUCGGACCCAGACAAGGAUGUGCAAGGGUGGGGCGAGAAUGACCGCGGCGUAUCGUUUACGUUCGGGCCAGAUGUCGUCAGCAAAUUUCUCAACCGACAUGACUUGGACUUAAUCUGCAGGGCCCAUCAAGUUGUAGAAGAUGGUUACGAGUUCUUUGCGAAGCGGCAACUGGUGACUCUGUUCUCGGCGCCCAACUACUGCGGCGAGUUCGACAACGCGGGCGGCAUGAUGUCCGUGGACGAAACACUCAUGUGCUCAUUUCAGAUCUUAAAGCCCUCGGAGAAGAAGGCGAAGUACCAGUACAACGGCAUCAACAGCGGCAGACCGGCCACGCCUCAGAGAUCGCCGCCCAAAAAGAAAUAACUGACGUUUGGAAUCCAGUGUGCUGCUCAGUGAGAGAUGCUACAAAUAAUUUAAUUAUAUCGAGUUAUAAUUGUAAUUACAUUUCACGUUGUCAUCGGACAGAGCCGAAUAAGAUGCUUAUAUGAGUAUUGUUAAAAUUUAAUUAUUUAUUGAUUAUUGCUUGUGCCUUCUUAUUUUUAAUUUUACUUUAAACGUGAGUGAUAUUAAUUUAUGAGUUUAGUUUACAGAGGUUUAGUGAGGGUUGCUGGUAGUGUUUAUUCGGCGAUGUCUCGUGACUUGCUUCUUUCGGUCCCUGGCGUUGCAGCCCAACAUCGGACGAUCUAUGUUAUGUUAUUGACCUAUUGAUAUUUUGAUACAAAUUGUUUGUUUCAUCAAUGUUGAAGUUGAAGAUGGCUAGCGAUCUUAAAGAUGCGGGCAUUGGACGAGAGCGUCGUUACAUUCAAUACUGUUUAAGUUGUAGUGGAUCAGGAGCACCAUUGCUUUGUUUGUUCUAUAACUAAUGUGCCUAUAAAUGUAAAUUAUAUUAUAUAGGUCUCGGUAUAGGUAACGGAAAUCUGUUGACUCGAAAUUAUAGUUCUUGUGGAAUAAUUUCAAAUCAUCAAAUAAGGUGAUAUAAGUUUAAAAAAAGUUGGUUUCUAGAAGGCCAGAUUCCUGCAAGGACGAAUUCCUAUAAGGACAAAUAAAGUAUAUUCAUAUACAAUGAUUAAGUUUAUGUAUUUUUGAUUUAUACAUAUAUUCGGGUUCCUUUCAAUACAUUUUUUCCAAUGAUGUCUUAUAGGCUCUAUAGAAGCUAGAGAGAUGCUCUCGAAGGAGAUCGGUGAACAGAGUCACUGACAUUAGCAGCUAAACGGCUUCAU